CACAAUGCUUUGUGUCUGUAACCCACGUCCAAGUGGUUCAUGAAGCGCCUGCGGCCGUGCACAUGCUUGCACCUGUCACCCUACUUCCUCUUGUGGAACAACGUGAAAACCAUAUACCUCCAUAUAGCCUCUAAUGCCUAGAUCCAUGCUGUGUAAAAUACACUGAACACUUCUGUUCACAACACAACUCCACCUCCUGAAACUGUCCACGAGUUCUUCAUCAUCAGAAAUGAGGACCUGGUGUUCUUGUCUAUUGGCUGCACAUUUUAUUUGUCGUGCUUUCUUUUCACGGCGUCAUAUUUCCGCCCCAGAUUCCUGGGAUUCUGACACCUGACUGAAGGGCUUUUGAAGUGUCUCAAAUGUCACAUAGCGACCCUCUCCAGCAUCUCGCCCUAACCCCCAUCAAUCCCCAACUGCACACCCGAGCCCCCGGCUCUUAUCACUGGCCCCUCGGUGCCUGACGUCCAAAGGGGGCUGCACUUUAAUUUGUCGGAUCGCCAUUUGCUAUUCUUAAAACUCAACUCUGUGGCUCUUGCGUUGGAGACGUCUCUGUUGUCCCUGCGUGUCUUUUCUUCUGCCUGCAGCUUUGUCCUGUGAUAUGGUUUUUCGCUGUAGUUUCCAUCAAACCUACGUGAAAGUGAAUGGACUUCAUUAGUGAAGGAAAGAUUUUUUGCUAUUUGUCUACUGUAAAUCAGCCAUGAACUCCACCCUGGUCAACUCGUUAGCCAGGGUUUACGACCCGAACCCUCUUCAUGGUCAGAAGCCUGGUGGAAGGAAGUCGUCUCUUAGCGGGUACCAAGCUUCUUCCUCUUCUCACGAUGCCGCCCUGCACGGCGUGGAGAGCCGCAUCGACUCCCUGAGCUCUCAGAUGGAGCGUUUGCUCAACAUGCAGCAAACUGUCCUGACCCGGCUGGACGGCCUGUCCCAGGAUGUCAGGGGCAUGGGUCAGGAUCUGGCCUCCAUGCGUGAAGCCGGCCACGGCGGAAGGCGGGAGUCCGGGGUGGGGGCAGCGUGCCGGGAGCUGCGUGGGGCAGUGGAGAGGGCCAGCGAGUGGACGGAGAGUCAUGGACAUCGUCUGGACGGCGUGGAGAAGCUGGUGGAGGGCACCCAGCAGGUGAUCAGCUUCAUCGGGGAGGUGGUGAAGAGCUCCAGGCUGGUGGAGCUGCUCUUCAAACAGCCUGGACACAAGGCGAGCAAGAAGGCGAAGGAUGAGAAGGAUAAAGCCAAACUGAGCCUGAAGGGUCUGAAGGCCCAGAAGAAGAGGAAGCCCCAAGAUUCGUCAGAUUCGGUGGCCCUGAACGAGCCGGAGCUGCAGGAGCAGGUGGAGAAGCUCAACAGGCAGAACGCUGAGCAUUCCCAUGUGAACGCAGAGGCUGAGGCCCAGAGAGGAGACGACCGAGGCAGCGGAGGAAGACGACAGGAGCCGGCCGAGCUGAUCCCGGAUGGACCUCACAUCUCUGCCCCGCAGUCAGGGGAGAGGACGACGACCUCUGAGGGGAGAGAGGAGGAGGAGGAAGAGGAGGGGGAGGAGGAUGUCUUUGAGGACUCCGAGCCGGAGGAGGAAGAGGAGGAAAAGGGAGAAGACGUGAGAGCGGAACCAGCUGGGAAGGUGGAGGAUGAAGGGAAGAAGAGGCACAAAGGAGACGCAGAAGAGUCAGAAAAGGCCCCGAGUGUCAUCGCAGACAUUUGCAAGACGCCUCUCCUAAAACAGGAAAGCUCUGAGGAGGUCGGGGAUGUGGCCACCUGCAGCAAGCGGCGCGUCACGGAGGAAUACCUGGUGAAGGACGACCUCAAAAAGAGCAAGGUGGAGAACGCAGAGGGAGAGGCGGCGGUGGAGAAAGGCGAGCAGCAGGACGCCAAGUCGGACGAAGCAAAGCCGGAGGAGGAAGAGGAGGAGGCGAAAGACGGGGAGCCGACGGUGAAAGAAUUCAUUAUCGACUCCAGCCCUCCGCCGUUGGCCCCGUUCGAACACUGCAUCGUGACGCCCAAGCCCCAUCAGAUAGGCACCUAUUACACCAUCAACAGGGAUGAGGUCCUGGGGGGGGGACGAUUCGGACAAGUCCACAAGUGCACGGAGAACUCGUCCGGGCUGACGUUGGCCGCCAAGAUCAUCAAAGCGAGGAGCCAGAAAGAGAAGGAUGUCGUGAGGAACGAGAUCCAGGUGAUGAACCAGCUGAACCACGCCAACCUCAUCCAGCUGUACGCCGCCUUCGAGUCACGCCACGACAUCAUCCUGGUCAUGGAAUAUGUGGAGGGAGGGGAGCUGUUCGACCGCAUCAUCGACGAGAACUACAACCUGACGGAGCUGGACACGGUGCUGUUCAUACGGCAGAUCUGUGAGGGGCUGCAGUACAUGCACAAGAUGUACAUCCUGCACCUGGACCUCAAGCCAGAGAACAUUCUCUGUGUGAGCAGAGUCACGAACAAGAUCAAAAUCAUUGACUUUGGUUUGGCCAGGAGGUACAAACCCAGGGAGAAGCUCAAGGUCAACUUUGGAACGCCGGAAUUUUUGGCCCCUGAAGUCAUCAACUACGAGUUUGUUUCAUUUCCCACCGACAUGUGGAGCCUGGGUGUCAUCACAUACAUGCUGCUCAGCGGCUUGUCCCCGUUUCUCGGGGACGACGACAACGAGACGCUGAACAACAUCCUGGCCUGCCAGUGGAACUUUGAGGAGGAGGAGUUCACGGACGUCUCGGACGAGGCCAAAGACUUCAUCACGCGUCUGCUGGUGAAGAGCAAGAGCUGGAGGAUGAGCGCCGCAGAGUCGCUCCGACACCCGUGGCUGUCAGACCGGAGUCUGCACUACCGCCUGAAUCAGAAGAAAAACAAGUGCCACUCCACACACACUCCAUCACCAGAGAGCUCUGCAGAAACACUGUGAUGCUCCCACCUGCCUUCCCACAGUGAAGGCGCCCUCGGAGCCCGACACCGGACCAAUGCUGCUGUACCCGUAUGGCUCCUAAAAAGAAAAACCCUCCUCUCUGCCUCCUUGUGUUAGCUUCGCCUCCCCCCCCACCCCACCCCGCAGCUUGAUGUUCGGACCCUGGGAAAAAAAGACUUUUGUUUCUUUGUCAUCGCUGCCGUGGAGACACAGAGGGUCUCCCAGCGGGGGGUCACUGCCCUGCAGAGCCCACGACUUCUCCCCAGACGAGCUCUGACGCUUGUCGAGGUAAAAGAAGGACUCGUGUUAGAGACUGAAGGCCGGCGUCACUCGUCACUUCUGCAUCAAGCUUCAUGUUUGGCUGCAGAGGUAAAGAACCCCCGCCCCCCCCCAAAAAAAAAGAAAUGUUAGCGUCCCACUGACAGUGAUGUGUUCGUCAUGUCGUCCUGGUUUGUUGCAUGCUUUGCACCUUUUGGCCUAUUUCUCCAAGAAGUAUAGACUGAAGUAUUUAAAUGAUUUAUAUUUUUUUGUGGAUACAGAAUUCUUUCUUUCUUUUAAUUUUCAAGUCUUAUUUUAAAAAAACGUUACUCGUUCUCAAUCAUAAGCUAAGAACACACACACGGAGCCCCGGCUGGAGUUGAUUAAUUUAUUUUGUAUAUAGCAGCACUGCUUCGUGUCUCAGAGCCGCAUGCAGACGUUUCCCGGCCGACGCUCACCGAUCGAUUCUGUUCGACACUCACGCCGCUCGCCCGCCCGCCCCACGCUUCGGCAGUUUGGAGUAGCCCUGUCACCUUCCAUGAAGGCACCAGAACAACAGAAUACUACCUGUGACUGAUUCACCUUUCUGACUGAAGUGGAUUCUUACGUAUUCACCGGGUCAACGCCAGACUGUACUUGAAGUGCAAAGCUUUUCAUCUGUGUUUUACUCUUGAUUUCACUUUUUGUUACGUGGAAAACUCACAGUUCAGCUCGACGGAGAGAGUCAACAGUGAUUUGUCGUCCCGCUCUUUAUCAGACGCGGGAAGCUGGGUGAAUAUUCGCCACUCAGUCGGCGGCGGCUCCGUUUGGAAGUGGAAAAAGCUUUGUGAUUUAUUUGAAUGAUUGUUUCAUUGAUUUUAUGAUUCUUUUUUUUCAAGUUUUCUUAGUGUAACGAGAUGAAUAAAUGUAGAAUAUAAAGAAUAUGAAUAAAUAAAGCACACCCGGAAAUAAUUCAGUGUUUCUCACAUUUAUGGAAAUAAAUAACAGGACCUGGUUAUUA